GAACUGGCGGUAAUUGGAUUAGACCAAACGCUGAUGUCAGUCAGUUGCUCCCUCGCCUGAACUAGUUGAAUUUCAUCAUCCGCAAAGAGCAACAGCCAUGGGGCAGCAUUUCCAAAAGAUCUUGAUUGUUGGAGGCAUUGUGAUUGGCCUGUUGUCUGGUUUGGCCAUGAUGGUCUGCAGCCUGCUAAAGGAAUCCAUACCGAAUGUUUUGGCGCCAGAUGAGCGACAGUUUGCGUUUGACUACGUGAUUGUUGGGGCUGGAACUGGGGGCAGCACUCUCACCUCGCUGCUGGCCAAGCACAGCAAUGGCAGCGUUCUGCUUAUUGAAGCCGGCAGCGCCUUUGGGCUGCUCAGCCGGAUCCCCCUGCUGACCACCUUCCAGCAGAAGGGCAUCAACGACUGGUCGUUUCUCUCAGUGCCCCAGCGGCACUCCGCCCGGGGUCUCAUCGAGCAGCGCCAGUGCCUGCCGAGGGGAAAGGGUCUCGGGGGUUCCGCCAACCUCAACUACAUGCUCCACUUCGACGGGCACGGCCCCGACUUUGACGCCUGGCACCAGCUCCACAACCUAAGCGACUGGAGCUGGGCGCACAUGGGCCCCUUCAUGGCGGCCGCCACAGCCAAGCCCUGCGACAUGUACGAAAUACCUCGAGGCUACUCGAAGCUGACGGAGGCGCUCGACGAUGCCCAGACCGAAUUCACGCACAAGCCUUGGGUGUUUCGUCGCUCGCGCUACAACAUCAAGAACGGACUCCGGCACUCGGUGGUGCAGCAGUUCCUGCAGCCCGUACUGAAGAAUUCCAAUCUGCGGCUUCUGCCCGAGGCACUGGUCAAGCGGAUACAGCUCUCGUCUGGCCCCACGCUUCGCGCCAGCUCCGUUCUGGUGGGCUUGAAGGAUGCGGACAACAAGGAGCUGGAAUUCAGCAUCGAGGUGCGACGCGAGCUGAUCCUUUGCGCCGGCGCCUACCAGACGCCACAACUGCUACAGGCCUCUGGCAUCGGCAACAGCACAACGCUGGCCAAGCUGAGGAUUCCCGUGCUGCACCACUCCCCGCUGCUGGGUCGGAAUCUCCACGAUCACUUGAAUUUGCCGCUCUUUGUCUCGAUGGGUGUCGUCGCGCCCAGCCUCAACCAGCGAACGCUCCUCAGUCCAAUGAGCGUGUUCAACUUUCUCAGCUCGGGCACGGGACCCUUUGGCAACUUUGGAGUGCUGGGUCAUGUGGUUAGUCACGAGGAGCCCUCGCCCUUUGGCGUCACCUUCUUUGGCGCCGGGGCCAUUGACGAGGCUGCCCUCAUGUCCAUUUCCAAUUUCAAGGCUUCAGCCUUUCGUGCUCUCUUUCCGCGGCACCACAAUGCCUCGCAGGAGGGAUUUGUUGUGAUCUCCAGCUGCUUACAGCCAAAGUCUCGGGGUUCGGUGGGACUACCCAACAAACACAUGCGCAGGAAUCCCCUGAUCGAUCCAAACUAUCUUAGCCACGAGGAUGAUGUGGCCUGCACCAUUGCGGCCAUACGAAGUGCUGUAAAGUUGGUCACCUCAUCCUCGUUUGCGCAGCUGCGUCCUUUUAUACAUUGGCCAAAGCUGCAGGAGUGCUCAAACUUCGGACCAUUUGAGAGGGAUUUCCGCGAGCAGCAGCCCUCGGAUGAGUAUUUGGAGUGUCUGAUGCGUCACAUUGGCUUGAGUUCGCAUCAUCCAGGUGGCAGUUGUGCUCUGGGCACUGUGCUGGACUCACAACUCAGAUUGCUGGGUGUGCCCAAUAUUCGUGUGGUGGAUGCCAGCGUGCUGCCACGUCCCAUUUCGGGGAAUCCCAAUACAGUCAUCGCCGCCAUUGCCAUGCGUGCCGCCUCGUGGAUGCUGAAGAGCGAGCUGCAAGAGGGAAGCCGCCGCCAAUGAAUGAGCAGCAGAGCGGAAGAGC